AUGAGUGUCAAGGUAGCUCAGAAGAGCAAGCUAGCAGACCUUUUGCACUAUCGUAUACGAGCUCUGACGCACGAUGGGCGUGCGUACGUUGGCGAACUACUGGCGUUUGAUGCCCACAUGAACCUGGUGCUCGCAGAGUGUGUCGAACACCGCGUGCCGAACACACAGCUGCAAAUUCUCAAGAACAAGGCUAAUAGUCCCAACGACGGGCCUGCGCAUCCAAAACUUGACUCCAGGACUUUGGGACUCGUAGUUUUGCGCGGUGACCAGGUCUUGACCACCGUCGUGGAGAGCGCUCCGGUACUCACGAAAAAACAGCGUGCCGUCGCACAUGAGAAGAAGCAAGCACAACUUCACAAGCACAAGCGAAAGGGUAAGGGCGUAGUGGCGCGUGCGACGCCUGCGGCAAUUGGCGCGGGCCGUAAUGGUGCUGCGGGGCCCCAACAGAAUUCUGCUCCCGUGCAAGCACGCCCGUUUCAGCCGCCGCCCGGUUUCCGGCGUCGCUAG